UCACAACUCACAAACCAUACUGCAAACACGAAUAUUACCAAUUUCCAUGACCAAAUCAAAACGACAAUUGGUUUCCUCCCCUAAGCCCCAAAGAAUUUCAUCAAACUAGACCAAAAGCAUAGCCAAGAAAAGGCCUUUCUCCCUCGAGAAAACACAACCACCAUCAUCACCAUAUACCAAAAUUCAAAAAGUCUUUCCCCUUCACUCCCUUUUGCCCACCAUUUUUCCCUCUAUGGUUUAACUGCAUUCACUCAUUCUUCUAAUUCUACUCUGCAAAUAAGGAAGUUCGAAGCCCUAAUUCUCUCAGUCAUUAAAUCAAUUUCUCCAUAUCCUCUUCCUCUCUCUCGCAACUCGUAGUUCACACACGGAGUUGAAAUUUCACUAGGAGAGUGAUUGUAUGUGCACCUAUCAUGAGUUAGUGCACUCUUUAAUUUAAAGGGUCUCUGGAGAAAUCACUUUAUUCAUCCAAGAAUCCAAAAUUUAUCGCUUUCUAUUUUUCUUUUUGGGUUGCUGCUGCUCUGUGUCAAUGCAGGUUCAGUAACUUUACCUGCAUUAACUAGAAUUUCUCUAGAAUUUACUUCAAUUUAAUUGCCAAGCAAUGUCGGACGACAUGAUUUUACAUUUCACCUCCAAUUCUUCAAACCAAUCGGAUCAAUCCUCAAAGAUUGCAAAACUCGAGGCAAGAUUAGUGGGCAAGGCGUCAUCUGCAGUUGCUUCGCAGCCACAAGUCCAGGCGCAGCUGAAUUCAUGGUCGGCUCCUGCGAGGUUUGGAGGGACCCAAGAUAGUCGCCCCGAGUCUCUGGUCGAUAGUGAUGAUUCUGAUGAUGAUAGUGGAGGAGCCUUUCUCAUACAAGCAAACACUCAAAAAAGACGUAAGGUUGAAGAAAAUUCUGGCACUACUGUUGUUGAACAUGUUGAGGGUGGUAAUAUUUCAGGAAAUGUGCACCAGGCAGCAGCUGAUGCUAAGCAAAAGACCAUAGAAACAAUGGACUCUACCAAGGCUGCUGCUGAUAUAAAUAAAAGAAAACAAGGCCGUGGCAGGGCAAGUUCUGCUUCAGGUAGAGGUCGCGGUCACCGAGUUACCGAUCAGGCAAGAAAUCAGAUGUUUUCUCCCUCGAAUGGUCAGGUUGAGAACUCAAAUCAGAAGGAUGGGUUCUCCAAAGAGCAGCUUGGGCAUGACAGCCAGUCCUCAACAGAGGUUUCCAAUCAUGAUGAAGCAACUUCCUUACGUGUGAAAGUUGCAACAUUAGGGGAGGAGCUGAAAAAAUUGCGCGAGGAGGCGUCUGAUUAUCGUAAUAAAUGUGAACAACUGGAAAAGGAGCUUAAGGAUUUCAAAGAUUAUGAACAGCAGAUGAAGCCAAAGAGAAUGAAAGUGAUAUCUGAUUUAUUGAUAUCUGUUUCAAAAGCUGAGAGGCAGGAAGCAAGGAUGAAAGUACGCCAAGAUUCCUUGAGACUUGGCAAUGUCGGAGUGAUCAGAGCUGGAACAGUCAUAUCUGAGGCAUGGGAGGAUGGACAAGCACUAAAGGAUCUCAAUACCCAACUUAGGAGUUUGUUGGAAACAAAGGAGGCUAUUGAAAGGCAGAGAAAAUCUCUCAAGAAACGCCAAUCAGAUAAGGGUGAUUUAGCUGAGGCAGAAGGUGGGGUUCAGGAAGAAGAUCUUCUCAUUCAGGACGAGAUAUAUAAGUCUCGUCUAGCCAGCAUCAAGCGUGAGGAGGAAGCAGUAAUGCGCGAAAGGGACCGUUAUGAAUUGGAGAAAGGAAGGCUUAUACGUGAAAUGAAACGUAUAAGAGAUGAGGAUGGCUCCCGUUUUAACAAUUUUCAAAUAUUGAAUCAUCAUUAUGCUCUCUUAAACCUUCUUGGCAAAGGAGGAUUUAGUGAGGUUUACAAGGCUUUUGACUUGGUGGAACAUAGAUAUGUUGCCUGUAAGCUUCAUGGUUUGAAUGCUCAAUGGAGUGAAGAUAAGAAGCAAAGUUAUAUACGACAUGCAAUCAGGGAAUACAACAUUCAUAAAACGUUGGUUCAUCAUCACAUAGUUCGGCUUUGGGACAUUUUUGAGAUUGAUCAGAACACAUUCUGCACUGUCUUGGAAUACUGUAGUGGCAAGGAUCUUGAUGCAGUUCUGAAAGCAACACCUAUGCUGCCAGAGAGAGAAGCUAGGAUCAUUAUUGUCCAGAUCUUUCAAGGCCUUGUCUACCUGAAUAAAAGAUCACAAAAAAUUAUUCAUUAUGACUUGAAGCCUGGAAAUGUUUUAUUUGAUGACUUUGGUGUUGCUAAAGUCACAGAUUUUGGUCUUAGCAAGAUUGUGGAGGAUGAUGUUGGAUCGCAGGGCAUGGAACUUACAUCUCAGGGUGCUGGAACAUAUUGGUAUCUGCCUCCAGAAUGCUUUGAGCUGAACAAGACUCCUCUCAUAUCCUCAAAGGUUGAUGUUUGGUCAGCGGGUAUUUUAUUGUACCAAAUGCUGUUUGGCAGACGGCCUUUUGGGCAUGAUCAGACACAAGAGCGAAUAUUGCGUGAAGAUACAAUUAUCAAAGCCCGCAAAGUUGAAUUUCCUGCAAGGCCAUCUGUAUCGAAUGAGGCAAAAGAUUUUAUUCGUCGUUGUCUAACAUAUAAUCAAGCAGAGAGACCUGAUGUUUUAACUAUUGCUCAAGAUCCAUACUUAAAUUAUACAAAGAAAUGACACAGAAUAGAAGCUUCGCGACUGAGGUGAAGCUCUAUGUGGCAAGACGACACCAUCUCAUGAACUCUUGAAGUUGAGGAGAUACAUCCAGAGAAACUCUGAGAAUUUUUGUAUAGUGGUAAAGCCAAUUUGAUUUUUGUUGUACCCAGUUGUUAUUUAAACUAUCUUCCGAAAAACCAGAGUUAUUUUUGCCUUUUCCCAA